CAGUCGCGCAGGACCGUCUCGUCAAACGAUAGCCGCUUCUAUGACAUUAUAGAAGCCUCAUCUUGGAUGCUGUCGGCCACCGAAGCUGCAGUAUACCCGAGGCGACCGGUGAAGCAGCAUCCACGAACCGGCCUCCGUCGAGAUGACCGAAAUGCGGACCGGCUGUUUGAGGUGUUUGAGGUCCCUGACGGUGACCCUCGUCGUUUGCUCACUCUUCAUUGAGUCAGGUUCACAUGCACUUGGAGCCGGUAACGGCGCCUUCGCAGCCGCCUACGCUGGAACCGGUGCAUCAGCGUCAUCAAGUAAUGUCGGUGCAUCGAAAGGAGCGGCGGAGUCUUCGGGAGCCUACGACAGACACAUAGGGAUUCGCAGCUACUCUCCAUCAGGCCGCAUCAUCCAAGACAAGGACAUCGAUAGCGACGCGAAGUCCUACGGCGUCGUUCCGGAGCCCGGCGCCAGCCGUGACGGCAUAAAAGGCUCGAAUCACGGCUAUAAUAAGCCCUCUUGUUCCAAAUGCAAAUGGGAAAAUGAUGAUUACUGGGAACACGACGAGCCCGAGGAAGAAGGGGACGAAAACGACGGUCGCGAAUGCGACGACGGCCAAUACAGGCCUUACGGCUUACGUCACCGCGAACGUGAACCUGGUCUAUCCGGUGCACACAAGAUCGGACCUACAAACGUGUACGCGAACGACGAACCCGCUGAUCUGGCGCAGCCCACCGCAGCCUACACAACCCCGACUAACUUCGCUGCCAAAGCUUACACGGCGUUAAAACCCGAACACCUGGACGCAACCGCGGGUGGACUCGCAGGUGCGACUGUCUACGUGCACCCGGAGCACGGAGUGUCGUCCAACUCUCUGCCAGACUGGAACGAGAGAACGACGCCGACCGAGUUUGAGUCUACGACGAAGCCUUGGGACGGCUCCAGAAAUUUUGUAACGACGCGGAGACCUGGAACGACAAGUUGGAGCAUCGGCGUGCAUCCGGCUUCGCGGAAACCUUGGAAUAAUGGAUACGAUAUUAAUGCGCCUGCUGCGAGCACAACGAGACCUGGACAAGGGUGGAGCACGACCCACCCGGGAUUUACCGCCGGAACCUUCACAGUCACGAAACCCGAAUGGAACACUGAACUCAACAGCACUUCAGGACUCCAGCAUUCGCGGAAAUCCUGGAAUUCUGGAGCCAAGCCUGUCGAGACAUCCGGUUGUUCUCCAUUUGAUCCAACUUGCAUUCAAGGUAAACAACAUCUUUUCAAAUUGGCUGCAACACCUGGCUAUAUUGAAAAAACGAAAGAUGAUGAAUAUCCAGAUGAUGUAUCUUCCAUACCACAAACAGGAAGUGCUGUAUCCAGUGCUUCUCCCCACAUCAAUUAUGGAAGCCCGAAUAAAAAUCAUAAUUGGCAUUAUAAUCAUCAUGCAACACAAAGUUCUAGUGCUCACUCUGGAGCAAGCGCAACGUCCAGCGCUUCUCAUCAUCACGUAGGAACAUAUAAUUUUGGGAAAGAUAAUCCGUUUCUUAACAAACCAGCAAGCACUCCAUACAGUGGACUGGAUCAAGCAUAUAAUCCAAGAAAUUUUCCUGAUUCUAACAUACCUGGACGCGAUAGGCCGUUGACUGUAGCACACACUUUUGGAACCACUGCUGCAGGAUCUUACGGAGGAAUCGGUUCAUCUAGUCACCAUGCAACCCAAAGUUCUAGUGCUCACUCUGGAGCAAGCGCAACAUCCAGCGCUUCACAUCAUCACGCAGGAACAUAUAACUUUGGGAAGAAGGAUAAUCCAUUUCUUAACAAACCAGCGAGCACUCCAUACAGUGGAAUAGAUCAAGGAUAUGAUCCAAGAAGUUUUUCUGAUUACAACCCACCUGGACGCGUAAGUACGAGGCCUUCGACUGUAACACACACUUUUGGAACCACUGUAGGACCCUACGGAGGAAUCAGUUCAUCUGGUCACCAUGCAACUCAAAGUUCUAAUGCUCAUAGUGCUCACAGUGCUGGAUCAAGCACAACGUCCAGCGCUUCACAUCAUCAUAUAGGAGUACAAAACUUUGGGAAGAAAGAUAAUCCAUUUUUCAAUCAACCAGCGAGCACUGCAACGCCAAAUUUCUCUGAUUUUAACACACCUGAACGCGAAAGACCGUCAACUUUAACACACACUUUUGGAACCACUAUAGGACCCUAUGGAGGAAUCAGUUCAUCUGGUCACCAUGCAACGCAAAGUUCUAGUGCUCACUCUGGAACAAGCGCAACGUCCAGCGCUGCACAUCAUCACGUAGGAGUACAUAAAUUUGGAAAAGACAAUCCAUUUUUCAACAAACCCACGAGCACUCAAACACCAUAUUUUGGAAUACAUCAAGCACUGGAUCCUAACAGUUACGAUCCAAAUUCUUCUAAUUAUAACACACCUAGAUACGAAAAGCCGAUUGCAACGCACACUUUUGGAACCACUGUAGGACCCUACGGAGGAAUUAGUUCAUCUGGUCAUCAUGCAACCCAAAGUUCUAGUGCUCACACUGGAACAAGCGCAACGUCCAGCGCUGCACAUCAUCACGUAGGAGUACAUAAAUUUGGGAAAGACAAUCCAUUUCUCAAUAAACCAGCGAGCACUCAAACACCAUAUAUUGGAAUACAUCAAGCACUGGAUCCUAACAGUUACGAUCCAAAUUCUUCUGGUUAUAACACACCUAGAUACGAAAAGCCGAUUGCAACGCACACUUUUGGAACCACUGUAGGACCCUACGGAGGAAUUAGUUCAUCUGGUCAUCAUGCAACCCAAAGUUCUAGUGCUCACACUGGAACAAGCGCAACGUCCAGCGCUGCACAUCAUCACGUAGGAGUACAUAAAUUUGGGAAAGACAAUCCAUUUCUCAAUAAACCAGCGAGCACUCAAACACCAUAUAUUGGAAUACAUCAAGCACUGGAUCCUAACAGUUACGAUCCAAAUUCUUCUGGUUAUAACACACCUAGAUACGAAAAGCCGAUUGGAACGCACACUUUUGGAACCACUGUAGGACCCUACGGAGGAAUUAGUUCAUCUGGUCAUCAUGCAACCCAAAGUUCUAGUGCUCACACUGGAACAAGCGCAACGUCCAGCGCUGCACAUCAUCACGUAGGAGUACAUAAAUUUGGGAAAGACAAUCCAUUUCUCAAUAAACCAGCGAGCACUCAAACACCAUAUAUUGGAAUGCAUCACGCACUGGAUUCUAACAGUUAUGAUCCAAGUUCUUCUGGUUAUAACACACCUAGAUACGAAAAGCCGAUUGCAACGCACACUUUUGGAACCACUGUAGGACCCUACGGAGGAAUUAGUUCAUUUGGUCAUCAUGCAACCCAAAGUAGUUCUAGUACUCAUAAUGCUCAUAGUGCUGGAACAAGCGCAACGUCCAGCACUUCACAUCAUCACGUAGGAGUACAUAAUUAUGGCAAGAAAGAUAAUCCAUUUUUCAACAAACCAGGGAGCACUGAAACGCCAUUCUCUGAUUUUAACACACCUGAACGCGAAAGACCGUCGACUGUAGCAAACACUUUCGGGACCACUGUAGCACCUUACGGAGGAAUCAGUUCACCCGGUCACCAUGCAACACAAAGUGCUACUUCUCACGCUGGAUCAAGUGCAACAUCGAGCGCUUCACAUCACGUAGGGACACAUAAUUUUGGGAAGAAAACGAGCCUUCAAACGCCAUAUAGUGGAACAUACCCAUUACAUCCUAAUGCUUAUGAUCUAAGACUGUACGGUGGAAAUAGUCCAUCCAGUAUUGUCCCCGGAAUUCAAGGGAAUACAUUGAGUCCUGGAAAGUUCCCGGAAUUCCCGACUGGAAGCGGCAUUUAUCAUCAUCCGAGUGUCACCAAGCCGAGUUACGGAAGCGGAAUCACUACUACCAGCUCCUGGUUGCACACCGGUCACCCUGCAAGCGGAAGUAGUACCUGGCACGGUUUGGGAACUCACACAGGCGCUCAUACAGGUACUUAUGCAGGUGCUCAUGCAGGGCUUCCCGCCUCAACUACCAGAUUUGGCACAACCAAAUCGCCGUUUGGUUACACGAACAUUCCCGAUCCUUCACUCGGUAGUUCACACGGCGGAACAGAGCUGAAACACGAUUUUCAUUCGACGAGCAGUAGCGCAAGCGCUAGUUCAAGCGCACAUGGACAUCACAAUACGCACGGCAUUCAUGUAAUUGGAACAACGCCGAUAUAUCAAGGAACUUCGAGUUAUCCUGGAGUCAAGGGCGCCUCAAAAGGAACUACCGGACCUGCUUACGGAAGUGUUCCUCCAUUCACACACUCUGAUGCUGGAACCGGAAGUAAGACUUGGCCCGACAAACAACCCGGAAGUAGUACCUGGCCUGGAAGACACCCUGGCUUUGGAGUUUUUUCUACCGUGCAUCCAGGUAGUGGAAGUGGAACUUGGCCUAGCAAGAAACCGGAAGACGGAAGUGGGACGCGACCAGGUAUAUUCGGAGACGCCGCUGAUCCGCACGAAGAAAACGGCAAGGGCAAUUGUACCGGAAAACCGUGCAAUGGAACGUUAAGCGGUCAUCCCAGCGGCGUUAUUAAAACGCUUUAUCCUAUUGGAAGCGGCGACGGCCACGUUUCACAUGUCGGGAGUGCACAUGGAUCCGGUUCACUUUUUCAUACCACUAGAGUUUAUCCUGGAACUCAUGCAGGAUGUCCAAGUGGUGACCCCUCGUGUAAUCAAGGUGUAACUCCCGAAGGUUCUGUACAUUGGAAUCCCUCAAAUCCAUUCUUGUUUGGAGGUAGUACUCCAAGUCACACUUCAAGUCCUUGGAACAGCGGAACUACAGCCAAACCGAUCGGAGGAGGGAAUCCAUUCCUCGAUCCUAGCUGGAACAGACCCAAACCUGACUAUAAUAAUAAUAAUAAUGCAAACGAUCAAAAUGUGAUUCCUCACGGUGAAGGAAGUACAAAACCUAUCGGUCAAGGGAAUCCUUUCCUGGAUGGCAGCAAGAGAAGAGGAGAUUCCAAACCUCAGGGACAGAAUCCUGGUGGCUUCGGCGAUUAUCCUGGAACUGGAAUAGGCCAGUUCAACGUAGCUCAUCAUCCCGCAUUCACCGGAAGUCACCUGCCAGGAUCUCUUGGAGUUCACGCUCAAGCUUCUAGCUUCGCCCACGUUAAACCCUUACACUUUCCGGAUGUGCCAGAGUAUGGUGAAAAUCAUUUUAAUCAUGAUCAACAUAAUUCUAAUUCCUGGUCUUCCAGCAGUGCCUCUUCGAGUAGCAGUUCCGGAAGUCAUCAUCAUUACUGGGCAGAUCAACAUCCCACCGAACCGCCCUCUGUUUAUAUAAAGGGUUAAUCUCAGUUGGAAGAUACAGAAAACGGAAUAGAUGCAGAUAUGACUAAUAUUAAUUAUGAGACGGCAUAAUUCCAAAAUAUAAAAUAUAUAAU